UCGCCAUGGCAGGCUCCUCCGGCCGGCGAGCUCGCAGCCAUCCGCUCGCUGGGAAGAGCGGGACGGGGCCGCCGAUCGCACCGCCGGAAUGGCGAUGGCGAGUGGGGAAUCGCGUGACCGACACUUAUUUCUACUCUCCGGAUGGCCAGUGCUUUCGAUCGCGGGUCCAGCUCCGGGCAUAUCUGGAAUCCACGCCGGGCACGCCAUCGCCAUCGCAGUUCCGCUGGAAUUUCGAACGGAGCGGUAGCAUGUUCUCUUUCUCUUCUUUUCUUGUUUGCUCUAGCUCUCUUGUAGGUUUGCAGAGCGAGCCGGGUGGAGCUCCCGCGCCGGAUAAGAUCGCAGCUACUCCUACUUCGAGUACCGCCACUCCGCAGCGUAAGCGGCACAAGGUCAAUGCUCGAUCGACGAGAAAACGAACACGAUCGUCCAGAGGCCUAGAAAUGGAGUCCCCGACUAGUGUCCCGAAGAGACAAGAGCUAAUAAGCGUUGAAAAGAUACUCGACGAAGGCUACGAAGCUACGAUGGUUAUCAACGAGGACGAAGUAUCUCCUGGAGCCUUUGGCGAUGGGACUCGAGAUAAAACUCCCCCGCCAGACAACAAGACACCUGGGCCUUCGGCCUUUGGCGAUGGAACUCGAGAUGAAACUCCCCCUCCAGACAACGAGACUACUCAAGAAGAAAACUUGAGAUCUCCACCGCUUGUAAGCGACAUGAUCAUCCCGGACAGUGUGAGCUUGGCAACCAUACUGGCCUCCACAAGGAGUCACGCCCUCGUUCAAGAGUCCUACGUGAUGAGCAAGCUGCUGGAAGAAGAAUCGCGUUUGGAUGACAAGAGCGCCAACGAGAUCAAACAACUCCAGGAGGCCAUCGCUGCAAAGGCCCGUGACGGGAACACGUUUCGCAAGCAUUCCAGGGAAGCGCUGCGCAUGUUUUUCCAUGUCCUGCGGGGUGAAGUGGCUCCAUCAAGCUUUGGAGUGAACGAGCUCGUCAAGAUGUGUAGCAGCUGGUCGUGCAGACGCCAGCGUCCGUCGUGCUUUCUCGAAGCGGCUCACAAGCUGGUACUCCAGUGCAUCGCCGAGGAACAAGACAACGUUACGCUCGAGAGCUUUCCCAUGGACAAGAAGACGGCCGAGAUCGUCCUGCUCGACUGUGGGAGCUGUAAGAUCGAGGCUUGCUGCUCGGGUCGGGACUUCUGUCCGGGAUGCACUUGCAACAUCUGCUACGGCGAAGUCGAGGCGAGAAAGAGUUGGAACUACUUGAGAUGCGACGCUUGUCACCACCUCGCGCACUUGGACUGUGCGCUGCAAGCCAUCAAGGAGUCUGAUCGGCGCUCCUCGUGCGUCACUUGCCUGAAGAACAGUGAUCUGGUGGUAUUCUGGAAGACGAUGAUAAAAGAAGCGGUGGCGACGACGGACAGGAAGGUGUUGGAGUUGCAACUGUCGUCGGCAGUGAAGGUGAUGGAGAAACUGGGCUCGAGCUGGUACAAGCUCGCGCACUUGAGGGUGAAGGAGCUGGUGAGGGACCUCGCGUCUCACCAGGAAUGUCCCGACUUUCACAAAGUUUUGGAACAGGUGGUUGAUUCUUUUAACGAUUGGCAGCGCUUAGAUGAUUAUGACGAUAAGAUGAUAGACCAAGGCGUAUUAAUGGAGCUACUGGCUGAAGGGUCCAAAGCGGGGACGCUCAUCGAGGAAGAAGCGAGAGCUAUGGAUCUCCAGAAGAAAGCUGAGGCAGAGUAUUCGGAGUGGCUGAGCAGCGUAAGAAACGUCGAGAAUCGGAAGCAGCUACUGGCGGCGGCCGAGGCAGAGUGUGAAGAACGAAGCAGCGCAGCGCAUUGCUCCAAGCUCGACUCUGAAAAGGCUUCCAAGCGAGUGGACGUGCUCAAGAUGCUGGAAAGCUCUCAAGGGGUCUCCAGUGGCUCGCGGGAGCUGCUGCAAUGGAACCUGGAACAGGAGAUAUCCAUUCUGCAUGCCAUCUGUUGCACGCUCGGGCGCUCGGAUGUGACGAAUCUAAACGAGUACCUGAGUAAGCUGACGAUGGUCAUAGAGGAGUGGAGGGCACAGCGUGAUGUUGUGGAGGGAAUCAUGGUGAGAUCUCAGCAGCUUCAUGCAAUCCACAAGAUAAUGGAGAUGAGAAAGCUUUUAGAAGGCCCAGAGUAAAACUUCGGUGGGAUAAUUUUUGUCGAUACUUAGCUUUGAAAAUAUAUUUUCUUCUGAGUUCUGUGUAAGCCAA